AUGCAGCAGCGGCGUCGCGACAAGGGCAAAGUCGCGCAGCGCAAUUUCAGGAAAAGACAGGCCGAAAAGGCUUUGGAGUUGAAGCAGGAUUACAAACAACUCAGACAUCUGGUGGAGGCUGUUGUGCUCGCCCACCGCGACGGUGACACGGCGACAUUGAGCCAGGCCAUUGCCCAGGCUGGCAGGGCAAUUGGGGUUGGCCUGGACCGAGACAGGAUGGACCGAGUGGACGAACGUGCUCAAUCUGACCCCUCUCACACUUCGAUGGAGGGGGUCGUUACUGGUAUCUCAAACAUCAUCAGGCCCGUAUGUGCAGCCACUAUAGAAUGUUCAGGAGAACCCACCGUCACCGACAGAGACACAGGCCAGUCACUACCGCGACUCCCCCAGCCGCGCUCGGGACGAUUCAGCCCACGGCUCGACUACGGCAUCUGGCUCGAACCAGAGCGGUUUCUCAAGAUCGUCGACCCUCCGCUCGACAUCCGGCCAUACAUUGGGGCUAGGAAGCACACAGUGGCCGGGCGGAUUGCCUGGGCGGCUCUGGACUACGGGUACGCCUGUCUCCAAGAGGCCAUGAUGACCAGUCAACCCGCCACCGCCACGGCCACAGGGGCCAGCAAGAGCAAGGCCGACUGGCUCACCCUGCUGCCACCCGAGUCAGCAGGCCGGCGAGCGUUCGACCGCUCGCUGCGGCACUCGACGCCCCUGCACGACGUGGCCUACAUGAUGGACCUGGUGGCGGCGCGGAUCGAGUUCCGCCAGCGAGGGUACAUGCGGGCAAACACGCGCGGGGCCGACGAGAUCGCGCGCCAGGCCAUGGCCGGGAGUGUCGCGGCCGGGUUGCGCGUCAGGGGAGUGCGGAUGGACCAGUGGUGGUCGGCGCUGGAUAUCGAAGCCCAUGUCCAGACCGAGAUGGGCGUUUGGGACUUUGCGGCCUGGCAGAUGGCCCUGUGCGGCAGCAACCAGGAAACCAACAACAGCCACGCUGAGCUGAUCAUGCCCCUGGUCGAGAGUCUGGGUCACAGUGGCGUCUGCUUUGGCGAUGGUCCCCGGUGGCACGUCCCGCGUGUCAAGGCCCUUGUCGGGUCAUGGUGGAGCCAGGUCUCGAGAUUGGACUUGCGGUAG